CAGAACUGCAGUUCCCAACCAAACCAUCCACAAUGCAUAAUGGAUCCCCCCAAUCUUGAAUACUCCGAAGACUUCCACAGUGAGAGACCAGAUUAUCAGUAUCUUUUCCAUGAAGAGAUAACCUUGGAAAGACAUGCCCCAGUUCAAAGAAGGCAAGGGAGCCGAUCGCGAGAGAGCCAUUAUUAUCAUUCUGUUCGUGAGUUAUUGAUCAGGCACCGAGCUGUAAGUACCUUGGUCAACAAUGAGCCAUAAUCCACUGAUUCAAAAAAGUCGGCAGUCACUACCGAGGAGAAUAUCUUGACAGCCGAAGACAUCUACCCCGAACGUUUUAGGGAUAGAGAGAUUGAUGAAUUUGCAAGCCUUCGCUUUCUGUAGGUUCAUCUGAAGAGGCCGUUGAUCUCCGGCUGAAUUUCGAAAAAGUAUCUCCUCACCAAGAGUUGAUACCCAAGAGCUUGGAAUGAAAGCUCGCAGCAGGCCAGAAGCACCCUAUCCAUUCGAUGAGCAAACCUUUUAUAGAUUCGUCAAUAUCCUCAAUUUUCCCAAAGCCUCUUUUUCAUAUCGAGGAUUUGGACGAGUAUCGAAGAUUUCUGGUCCUGAAAAUAUAACGUGUAUGUCACAAAUUACCAAUGCUCUUCCUUGUAUUAACUCGGCUAGCCAUCUAUCUUGAGAAUUACAGCUACGAAAACGGAUGGUACAAGAUUUACAUUGCUUACGAUCCAUGUUUGAUGAGGACUUCCAUUUUCCUUCACAACCUCGACUCUAGAGAAAUCAAUAUUGUAUACUCCAAGCUGCAAAACCCCUCAAAUGCCAUCCUAACAAUACAUCCUCUGUUUGUCGUUCUACUAACCUACGAGUUAUUAUUCCAAAAUUGUCUCCGGAGUCUGGGUCGUCUCUUCAUAGGCCAAAUCACUCUAGAGCGCGAUCUUGGGCUUGGGCCAUUGACAGGUCAACACGAAUAUUACCAAAAUCCAAACGUUGACAAUAAAGCAGCCUCGGUUAGAGCAUUCAGUGACGGGAAAGCGCUAUGUGGCUUAGAGAAAAUGGAAUACAACGUGAUGAUGGGAAGAAAGCUACUCUCCUAUUUCGAGGAGCUGGAUAUAAUGACUCUAGAAGGGCCCAACAAAACCUCCUUCAAAAAGGCAGGAGCGAUGAUCAAAACCAAGCUGGAAUAUUUGGUUGAAAGCCUUGAGCUGCAAUUUCCUCGUCUAAGACGAGCGAAAGCUAAUAAUCAACUAAAUAGAACAGGAGUAAUUUCCCAUUUCCAUCGAACUACCCCCCACCAUCUCCUUCAACUCACCAAUCCUCCAAACUAACACCCCAAAAGCCAGAAUCCCGCCUAACAACCCAAACAAACACCCUCUCCUACCAAAUCGCUUCUGAGACCAGGUCCGACUCUAGCGCCAUGAAAGCCAUCGCAGUCCUUACCAUGAUCUUCCUUCCUGGGACUUUCCUCGCUUCCUUCUUUGCCAUGCCUCUAUUCAACUGGGAUUCGGAGACCCAAGCGGGCGUUGUGAAUGGCAGAUCUUGGAUUUAUUGGGCUGUUACUAUUCCUGGGACGCUACUUGUUUUGGCCUGUUGGAGGGCUUGGUGGGUGUGGAGGGAGUGGGAUUUUGCGAAAGAAGGACGAGGGAAGGGUGGAAAAGAGGGAGGAAAGGUAUGGUGGAAGGUUGGGACUUGGUUUGCGGUUGAGAAGAAGAAGGAGGAAACCGAGGAAAUGGAGGCUUGA